UCGCGCUUGGCGGCCUGCAGCUCGAUAUCCUCCUUGCGGGGAAGCAUCGACUCAUGAAGUGGAAGCGCGACGUCGAGAAACUGCUUGAAGCCUCCGCUGCGGUCCCGAGCAACCCGCCGACGACGCCCCAGCGCAUCAGCGGGCGCUUCAUGGCGACUCCGUCGCCCCGUCGCAUCGGCGGGCGCUUUAUGGAAUCUCCGUCGGCCCGAGGCUUGUCGCCACUGCCGACGCGAUCACCCAUCUUGAUCGACCACAUUCCGCUGCCGUCGCCGGCGUCGUCGCCUGUCCAAAAGAAGAAGAAGGCCGGCGCGCAAAAGGCGUGUCCGCUCAUCGCGAGUGGCCGCUUCUAUCGGACGGGAUAG